CAGCUGUUUGGGGUUUAUGUCACUUCAGCACGCAUCCACAGUGUGUGUCCAGUGAUUUCAGUGCAGACAGUCCUGGUGGUGGUCUGUAGCUGCGGCUGCGGGAGUGAUGGGGGGAAACAGCCAGAGUCACUUUUCUGAGGAAGAUGCGAGCGGAGGAGUUACUUUUGUGAAAGGCAUUCGGCUGUCAGACAGCGUCAUCAAGCGGAUGAGGCAGUCGCCAGAGGUCGUCUCUCCGCAACUCGCACCUGAAUCGAAAACACCAACAGCCUCUCAAGUUCCUGCACCUUCUGUGGAACACUUGUUGCCUCUUCUGACACCUCCUCCACCUCCAGUUAUCGCAACUCCACCUCCUUCUCCUUCUUCUCCUCCUUCUCAGGGAACCACAGUUCCAUCAGUGGAACCUGUACCCGGUGUUAAGCUCAUUCCCCCUCCUCCUGUGAGGUUCCAUUCCUUUCCACCAAUGCCUGCAGACCCUGCAGCUCCACCUUCAUCCACCCCUUCCCCAGGGAGCGAAGCAGCUGUAGAGCCCCUUCCUCCACCACCCGUAGUCCCACCUUCUGCUGAAACCUUCAUCCUCCCCACAUCUGUAGACUCAUCUCCAGCAUCUCUGGCUUCACCUGAACCUUCAUCUCAAACACCUCCCACUAUUAAUGAGCCCAGUGCUGUCACUCCAUCUGUUGAACAUCUUGAAUCUGCUGCCCCAUCACCCCCACCAGUGGAAACAGUUCAACUUCCACCCACGGCUGAAUCAACACCAGCUGAACCAGUCAGCCCCAAUGACAUGGAGGCACCAGCCGUGGCCCCAGCUGUUGAUCCUGAGCCUCCAUGUAACCUGCAUCAAUCCCCACCACCUCCAGAGUAUGUUGCAGCACCUCCUACUCCACUUUCUCCAGUACUAUCUUUUGAACAAACAUCUCCAUCCUGUCAGUGUGUGGAGCUGACUGUUGCACCCACUGACCCACCUCUAGCACCACCUCCACCAACUGAGGAGCCCCCCAAGAUCCCACCUCUGCCCCCUGUUGAUGAAAAGGAAGUACCUGUUGUCACAACACCACCGCCGCCUGCAGCAGUAUCAGAGGAAGAGUUGAGGCAGAAGCUCAAAGAGGAGAUGCAGAGAAGUCUGAAGGAGGAGAUCAGCCAGAAGAGGCAGGAGCUGCAGAGACAGCUGGAGGAGAUGAGGGCACAGGCUCGAGCUGAGGCGAAGGCAGCAGCUCAGGCUCAGGUGGAGGAGCAGGUGAAGAAGAUUCUGGAGACUGAGAAGGCGGCAUACACGGAGAAGCUGACGGACUCGAUCGCGAAAGAGCGAGUGAAGACAGAAGAUGAGAAGCUCAUGGUGCAGCUUUAUUGGAUGGAGGUGAAGGCUCAUCAGCUGGAGGAGAAAGAGAAAGAGCUGAAGAAACGAGAAGCUCUCUACAAGGAGCAUCUUGCAAAACUUGAAGCAAAGAGCGUGGAGUUUUACAGAGUCUCUGUCGAGAGCUUACAGAAGGGCAAAGAAGAGACUCUCAACCGUUUUGCCCGUUUUAAUAUCCAGCCAGUGUGUGUAGACUUGCAGAGUGAGAUAUUAAAGUGCUAUAAGGAGAACACGGGAAAGACUCUGUGUUGCUCGGGUAUCGCCUCGGCUUACAUGCAGUGUGUGGACGAAGCCAAGAAAAAUAAGUUGAGCACUGGGGGCUAAUGUGGACGCUUUCUGGUGGACUACUCCAGCCUUUUUUAUGUAUCCAAAGAAGUGCCACACACACGCAGACUUUAACUAAAGAGACACUUUAGCCUGCAGCUCAUCAUGGGAUCAACCAACUCAACUGAUGCAAUAGAAAAUUGGAUUUUUAAGUGCUUUUUAUUUUUUCAGUGAGGCAGAACAUAAAGAAGUAGAACAUUUACUGACUAAGAGCCUUAUUAAUAAAUAUAUAUGUGGCCUCGAAGUUCUAAAAGCUAUUCAUCACAGUGUGAAUACAUGAAGGAACUACUGAGUGAGCAGAGUGUCACAAUAAAGAAAAAUAAUGCAUCAGUAAACCUUGAUGUGAAACAUAAUGGGCUUUAUAGUUCAUGGUAUAAGAAAAUAUUGGUGUGUGCUAGCUGCCCACUGCUGAAUUUAAUAAAACAAUUUAAUAAAAUGUAACACUGUGAUACUUGGUACUCUGCUGAAAUCAAGUCGGUGCUUUCAAGGAGGUAAAAUGGCUGUUUUAUGAAGACCUUCUCUUUUCUGCACUGUUAGUUUUAGUAGGAGAAAAAAUAAAGUAUGAGAAAUUGGGUUAUUUAGAAGAACAUAAUUUGGGUUAGGGUCUUGAGGUUUAUUUCAAGAAAACUGGUGCAGUUAUUAGAAAAUACUGUAAUACUUGUGGUUCCUCCAGUAUUUUCAGGGUUUUUUUUCAUGUGUUUGUGUCACCUACACAGCCUGGAUUACAAACGGUAUGUGAAACAAAAGCUAGAGAUCUCCCAAACAGCAUUUAAACAUUUGACAGGUUUUUGACAUUUCCAUUUUUUUUUUUCACUGUCUUAAGCAUCACUUUCAUCUGGGGGGGAUCUACCUCAGUUACUUUCAACUGAAUUUUAUUUCCAUCUAAGUUACUUUCAUAUCUGUUCCUAUUCAUGUACCUGUAUUUUAUUACAUUGGGAUUCUUGGCAAAAAAACAAAAAAAACAAAAACAGCAUUAUAUUUAUUGUAAUUAUUUUUGAAGGGCUGUCUUAAAAAUUCAUGUCACAGAUUCAGCAAGGUCCUAGAAACAUUCCUGAGAGGCCGGGCCAUAUUGACGGGAUAGCAUCACACAGUUGCUGCUGAUUUUUCAGCUGCACGUCCAUGAUGCAAAUCUUCCAUUUCACCACAUCGCAAGGGUGCUCUCCUGGGUUGAGAUCUGGUGAAUGUGGAGGCCAUUUGUAUACGGUGAACUUAUUGCCAUGUUCAAUAAACCAGUUUGAGAUGAAA